UGCACAGCACAGUAGAAUAUUACUGAAACUGAAGAGAUUGCGUAUGUAUUUAAAUUGUUAUUCAAGUUAAUUAUAAUAAUAGCUUUAUUGAAAUAAUUUGAACAGUGUUGAUUUUUAAAUGAGAUGAAAAAAGGUUUUAAAUAGGUACAAAGCCCUAAACUGUAUGUUUAGGCUUACGAAAAUAGUGGUUCUGCCGAAGAAAUACCCAAGAUUUUUAUACUCGCAUUUUACUUUGAAGUAUAAGUUUCCUCUUAACCGACUUUCAACUAUGGAUGAAUCUAAAGCUAAAGAAAGUGUGACCACUCCAGACAAGCACAUGUCGAAAAAGUACUACCGGCGUGCAGAACACAGAAUCUUCGUAAACAGAUCGCUGCAUUUGGAGAACAUUAAGUUCUAUGGCUUCGAUAUGGACUAUACCUUGGCCGAAUAUAAAUCGCCACAGUAUGAAACAUUAGGAUUCAAUUUAACCAAAGAGAGAUUAGUAACCAAAGGAUACCCCAAAGAAAUCUUAGAAUUCGAAUAUGAUCCAUCAUUUCCAGUCAGAGGCCUGUGGUUCGACACACUAUACGGUAACCUAUUAAAGGUAGACGCCUAUGGUAACAUUCUCGUGUGCGUGCAUGGAUUUGAGUUUCUUAAACAUUCACAAGUAUACGAAUUGUAUCCAAAUAAAUUCUUGACAUUAGACGAGUCUCGAGUUUACGUAUUGAACACGCUAUUCAACUUGCCCGAGACGUAUCUAAUCGCCUGUUUGAUUGACUUCUUCACUAACUCCAAGGACUACAGCAGAGAGAAGACGGGAGUGCGCGCAGGAGACCUAGCUAUGUCCUACAAAUCCAUCUUCCAAGACGUCCGCAACGCCGUCGACUACGUUCACAUCCACGGCGACCUCAAACAGAAGACCACAGAGAACUUAGACCUAUACCUGAAGAGGGAUGAGCGUCUGCCAAUGUUCCUCUCUAGGAUCCAGGAGAGCGGUGCCAAGCUAUUCAUACUGACAAACAGCGACUACAAUUUUACGGACAAGAUCAUGACGUAUCUGUUCGAUUUCCCGUAUGGAGCGAAGCCGGGCGAGCCCCACAGAAACUGGCGGACGUACUUCGACUACAUAGUGGUGGACGCGAAGAAGCCGCUCUUCUUCGGCGAAGGCACAACUCUACGGCAGGUCGACACAAGGACGGGCGCGCUCAAAAUGGGCCACCACGUCGGGCCCUUGCAUGAGGGACUCGUUUACUCUGGAGGUUCCUGCGACGUGUUCACCGUCCUCAUCGGCGCCAAAGGCAAGGACGUGCUGUACAUCGGUGACCACAUUUUCGGUGACAUCCUCAAGUCCAAGAAGAUCGGCGGUUGGCGCACUUUCCUCAUCGUGCCCGAACUAGUGCAGGAGCUGCAUGUGUGGACGGACAAGUGCCAGCUGUUCGCGCAACUGCAGAGUCUGGACGUGCAACUUGGAGAUAUGUACAAAGACUUGGACUCGAGCACAAAGGAGAAGCCGGACAUUUCAAAACUGCGGAUGGCGAUCCGUGACGUUACGCACAAGAUGGACCUCGCCUAUGGCAUGCUCGGCUCCCUAUUCCGCUCUGGUUCCAGACAGACAUUCUUCUCAUCACAGGUGGUGAGAUACGCGGACCUGUACGCGGCGUCGAUCCUGAACCUGAUGUACUACCCGUUCUGCUACAUGUUCCGCGCGCCCGCCAUGCUCAUGCCGCACGAGUCCACGGUGGCGCACGAGCAGCGCUUCACGCUGCACGCACCCACCAUCGACAGGUCCCGGCACCCGAGCGCCAUGCGCGCCUACAGCGUGGCGUCGGUGGGCGACGACAUCGACGACCAGAGCGCCAUCUACACGGACACUAGGGACUCUAAGGACGUGCGUGUCCCGGUGGCUUGUGCGUCCGGCGCCAACGUGCCGCACGCGCGGCCCGAGACGCCGCGCCAGCUCACGCACACGCACGACGAGGACUGCUCGGACGACGACGACCAGGCCAAGCACAAAUAAACCACCCCGGCCGACCACUAACCAAGCCACGUCGAACGGUACGGACCGUACACUUUUAACAUCGAGAGAACACGCGGGGUCUCGCUCUCGUCGGAAUGGCCGAGCGACCUUAACGGGUGACGUCCGGAAUCGAGUGAGUCUUCAGAUGUCCGAAUAUCGUUACAGAGUAUAACAUUUUAACGGAGACGGAGGAUCACGCGGAGACUACGUCCGAAUACGUCUAUUAUAGUGCGACGUAAACUAGUAGAAAUAAAAUAAAAUAGAACAAAACAAUUCCAUACUAAAUUGUUGCCACGUUUAAGCAUUUUACGUCAAAAAUGUGACAGUUACGUAGGAAGUGGCGCCCUCAUUUAUUUUCUACAAUUUCUUGUUGGACUAUACUAUAACAUGAGAGGUUGUGGAAUAUGCAAAUAAUUCCGCGUGCGUGUUUGAUAAAACAGCAGUACCUACAAUGUAACGAAUUAAUACAUUGAACUGAAUUAUUCAAUAUGGUCUUAGUAUGGUAGCGUUUAUACAGAAGUGAUGCAUCGUUUUCUUUUUAUACUGACUAUCGUUAAAAGAUUUCAUGACUCACUGAUGUGCAUUGUGCAAUCGCUACCAUGCUUUGAUGGUGAUCUCGACAUAUUUCUCAACUUUAACCGUAAAAUUGUCUCAAUACUGUUAAAGAAAAUAACUUCUUAUUAGAGUUCUGCUUCUACAUCAACAAAUAUUUUCAGAUAUUUAACCACAGACAACUAGACUAAUAGACGUUCAAAGUGUAUAAAAUAAUCUGUCGUGUAUGAGAGCGGGAAACUUUUUUUUAAUACUUCUAUUAAUUUAGUAGUCUGUGACUUUCGAAUUUGCCUUAAACUCUUGUCAAUCAUUCUAUAGUACGUUUAGCUCAAUACUUAUAGUCUGAUUAGACUAAUGUAAUUUUACAAAAUAACAUCUUGAAUUACAUACGCUACUUUAAUUAUGUAAUUAAUUAUGUGUAAGAUUAAAAUUAAGUGUCGUUUGGUAAUUCGGUCUUAACCCUUUUCUGGGCCGCACUAAUCUAAAAGGUUUUAUCCAAAUAUAUUCCAAUUAAUCCAGCUUUGAUGAUUCAUUUGAAGCCAAGUCAUAUUCCCCGAAAGUGCAAACUAAUUUGAACCUUAUAUCGGAAUGCUAAAGUUGAAAUUUUGUUGGCGCGUAUGUGGUCGUUCAAUCGUAUGCCUGGAAAAGGGUUAACAUUUUAACUGUUGAUUAUUUGAGUAAACAUAUAGCUUGAUAGGUAAAAAUAUUACCUCAUAACAACAAUAAGAGUUAUUUAGUAGAUUAAAAAAUACUAGGGCUUGAUACACGAUUCUAAUUCCGGUGUUAGAAAUAAGUUCAAUAAUUAUUAUUAAUCAAAAAGAUCCUAAAGUUUAGUCACCUUACUUGUCACUACAAUGAGUGUCCAAAAUUAACAAUGAGUAGAGUUGACCAUGGUUUUAAACAAUAUUUGAAAAAAAAAAUAACUUUGUCUCCGUAGCUGUUGUUGCCAUCGCAGUGGCAUUCAAUUAUAGUAGUUAAGGGUGAUUCCUUAUUAGUCCGUUUAAAAUUGUAAUUAAAUAUUUUUUCCCGCAAUGGAAAAGUCUGAUUCUGGUGAUGAUGAUGUAUUGUGAUUUUAAUAAGUACCCAGUUAUAGUUAUACUGUAAGCUUGUGGGUGCUAUUACGUUAUUAGCUAUAUAAAUAGAUAUCGACCGCCAUUUGUAUUUUAGCGGUCAAAAUUUAGAUUUAGGGGCCAUUUUUUGUGUGAAAGGACUAGUCUUGUUCAUAUGGAUCGCGUAAUCUGUUGAAAUGCUUGAGUUACUGAUAUGUGACGUAUUCAAGCAAAAGGUACCACUUUGUCGCUUACCAUAUAGACAGAAAUUUGCUUAGGUCUUUAUACGAAUUAUUACGAAUAACCUGUCAGAGCGUCCUUAUGGCAAACGAUAAUGUGGUACCUUUUACUUGAGAACGACACAUAUGUAGUUUUUUACGAGUAGUUUAAAUAGUUUUUAAGGAGUUAAAGUAUUUUAACUCAAGGAUACUUUAGAUUUAUGGCAAAUAUCAGCAAUCUUAAUAUUGUAAAAAAGUGUCAUUAGUUUCAAAAUUACCCAUGAAUUAAAAUGCUUUCCACCCUUACUAUUGUGAAUGCGAAUUCUUUGAUAGACGCAGGACAAUAUUUAACUCCUUAAACGUUCAAAGGCAGACGGCACGGCUAACAUUUAGAAAAUGUAUUCCCUUUGUCGUGCUGAUUUAAAGGGUUAUAUGAUGUGUGGUUGUGCAAACUAUCCCUGUAAAAAAUAGUUUGUAAAAAAUAGUAAAUACUAGUUUUGCCAGUGGCGAGUAUCGUUACAUUUUUAUGGAACAGGGAUUUAAAAAGUUGUUGAUUAUAGCUGUAAAUAGAAGUUAGUAGUUUCUAUGAGGCUAUAAUUUUAACAAUGUUCUAUUUACCAUACUCGCAUUUCUUUGAUUGCUGCUAUUAAAAUUGUUUUUACAUUUUUGUAAGAUAGGAAUUAUUGUAAAUUCUUAGGCUUCUUUACUUCAUGUAAGUUAAGUUUUUGUUAAAUCAUUGAUAUUUUAUUUGUGUUGACAUUGCGUUUACUUUAUGUAAUAUUUAAGUUUGAUUGUUUUUUAAGUAAUCUAUAGGAACAAAUAGCUAUAAUUCGAAUGUAGCAUAAUAUUACGUUUAAAAAGAGGGAUGUUUUGUAUCUAAGUAUAGUGAUUCCACUUUUUACUAAUUACACAAAUGUAGAAAUUAUAGAUCGCAAAAAAUAAAUAAAUGAAAAAUAACAA